AUGGAAUCAAGGAAUCACACAGCUAUUUCAAAAUUCAUGCUUCUGGGACUUUCAGAAGACAUGGACCUGCAGUCUCUCUUCAGGCUCUUCCUAUCCAUGUACCUGGUCUGUGUUAUAGGGAACCUGCUCAUCAUCCUGGCCAUCAUCUUACACCCCCACCUCCACAUGCCCAUGUACUUCUUCCUCUCCCACCUGUCCUUCAGUGACAUCUGUUUUGCCUCCACCACCAUCCCCAAAAUGCUGGUGAACAUCCAGACACAGAGCAAAGUCAUCACGUAUGAAGGCUGCCUCACCCAGAUAUAUUUCUUCAUGGUUUUUGCUGGGCUAGAUAAUUUGCUACUGAUUGUGAUGGCGUAUGACUGUUUUGUGGCCAUUUGUCACCCACUGUAGUACAUGGUCAUCAUGAACCCCCGAAUCUGUGGGCUGCUGGUUCUGCUCUCUUGGUUAAUCUGCUUGACAUAUUCAUUGUUGCAAAGUCUGAUGGUUUUGAGGGCAUCCUUCUGCAAAGAGACAGAAAUCCCCCACUUCUGUGAACUUGCGCAGAUUCUCAAGCUGGCCUGCUCCGACACCCUGGCCAACAACAUCCUGCUGUAUGUUGUAACUGGCCUGCUGCGUAUUGUUCCCCCGACUGGGAUUCUCUUUUCUUAUUCUAGAAUUAUCUACUCUAUAAUGGGCAUUUCAUCGGCUGGGAGUAAGUAUAAAAUCUUUUCCACCUGUGGGUCUCACCUGUCAGUUGUCUCCUUGUUCUAUGGUGCUGGCCAUGGGGUCUACCUCACUUCUGGAACAGCCCAUCCCUCCAGAAAGGGUUCAGUGGCCUCUGUCAUGUACACAGUGGUUGUGACCAUGCUGAACCCCUUCAUCUACAAUCUGCGGAACAGAGACAUGAAGGCAGCUCUGAGACUUUUCAGCAGAGGAGCUCACUUUCGGUGAGGUCUUG